AUGAACGGAAGAGGAGCUGGCUUUAGGGCUGGGAACGCUCGGGAAAGCGCGGUGGUCCGGAAAUUUGAGCGGCUGGGGAACCACCUUCGGGUCGCCUCAGAGGGACGGGCACUGUCGCCUAACUGGUCCCCAACGGCGUCAAAGCAGAGGCAAGAUCCAGGGGCACUGGCCUCGCCGCGGUACCGGGCGGGUACCCAGCGGGCUCGGCUCUAUAGAGCCCGAGGCCCCGCUGCCGCUGCCGCCGCCGCCAGCAGCCGUUGCCGCCGCCUCGGCCAAACCAUCCUUCAGACACCCGCGCCGCCGCCUCACAACAUGUCCGCCGCUGCCGCUGCUGGAACGGCGACGGCCGCCUAGGAACUAAUAUGGACAGAGCCAGGCACAGUGGGAGUCGCAGUGGCUGCCACGGUGGCCGCGUAACCCGAACGCAGAUCGUGGAAGCCGAAGCGGCGGCAACGGUGGUCCCUCCAGAGGCCAGGGAAGAUUUGCAGGAAGCCGCUCCCGACACCCUUUGCGCCGCCGGAAGCCUCGUUCCCUUGGAUUUCCCCCUCCCUCCCGGACCGACUUCCGGGUGUGGCUGCCGCCCUUCCCCCACCCACGCCGACGGGAGCCGCCCGUUCCCGCUGCCAGCAGCUUCCGCCUGCUGCGGUCCUGGCAAGCACCUCGGGAUCCCUUUCCUUCACAGGGGCCCUAGGCGGGCAAGCGCGCGCCUCACUGUACCGGAGAGCUCCAAGCACGCGCUUGGUCAGGGGCCCGGACGCUAGA